UAGUGCCCUCCAGCUGAUAUAAACAUGAGCCCUGAGAACCAAAGCAGUGUGUCCGAGUUCCUCCUCCUGGGCCUCCCCAUCCAGCCAGAGCAGCAGGCCGUGUUCUUCACCCUGUUCCUGGGCAUGUACCUGACCACAGUGCUGGGGAACCUGCUCAUCAUCCUGCUCAUCCGGCUGGACUCUCACCUUCACAACCCCGUGUGCUUCUUCCUCAGCCACUUGGCCCUCACUGACGUCUACUUUUCAUCUGUCACUGUCCCUAAGAUGAUGAUGAACAUGCAGACCCAGCACCUAGCUAUCUUUUACAAGGGGUGCAUUUCACAGACAUAUUUUUUCAUAUUCUUUGCUGACUUAGACAGUUUCCUUAUCACUUCAAUGGCGUAUGACAGGUAUGUGGCCAUCUGUCACCCUCUACAUUAUGCCAUCAUCCUGGGUCAGAGUCAGCAUGAGCUGGUGGCUGGGUCCUGGGUCAUCGCUUGUGCGUGUGCUCUUUUGCACACUCUCCUCCUGGCCUGGCUUUCCUUCUGUGCUGAUCACAUCAUCCCUCACUUCUUCUGUGACCUUGGUGCCCUGCUCAAGUUGUCCUGCUCAGACACCUCCCUCAAUCAGUUAGCAAUCUUUACAGCAGGAUUGACAGCCAUUAUGCUUCCAUUCCUGUGUAUCCUGGUUUCUUAUGGUCACACUGCAGUCACCAUCCUCCAGAUUCCCUCUACUAAUGGCAUAUGCAAAGCCUUGUCCACUGGUGGAUCUCACCUCUCAGCAGUGACUCUCUAUUAUGGGACCAUUAUUGGUCUCUAUUUUCUUCCCCCAUCCAGCAACACUAAUGACAAGAACAUAAUUGCUUCAGUGAUAUACACAGUAGUCACUCCCAUGUUGAACCCCUUCAUUUACAGUCUGAGAAAUAAAGACAUCAAGGGAGCCUUAAGAAAACUCUUGAGUAGGUCGGGCGCAGUGGCUCACGCCUGUAAUCUCAGCACUUUGGGAGGCCGAGGCAGAUGGAUCACAAUAUAA